AUGCUUGUCAUCCGAAAGGCCAACUAUUUCGAGUCCGCGAACGUGUUUCUUUGUGCCAAACAGCUGCCGAACGACUCCGGGGGUUGCUGCCUUUCGCGAGGAAUGGUGGACCCGUGGGCGCUUGUCCGUUUGGGGGCCAGUUUUACGUUUAUCUCCCGGCAAACGAUCACGAGCCGCAAGCCGGACAUGGUGCACACCGGUCGAGCAAACCCACCUUCGUAUAGAGCUAUCCAGCUGGUCGCUGAUGAUGAUGAUGAUGAUGAUGAUGAUGAUGAUGAUGAUGAUGAUGAUGAUGAUGAUGAUGAUGAUGAUGAUGAUGAUGAUGAUGAUGAUGAUGAUGAUGAUGAUGAUGAUGAUGAUGAUGAUGAUGAUGAUGAUGAUGAUGAUGAUGAUGAUGAUGAUGAUGAUGAUGAUGAUGAUGAUGAUGAUGAUGAUGAUGAUGAUGAUGAUGAUGAUGAUGAUGAUGAUGAUGAUGAUGAUGAUGAUGAUGAUGAUGAUGAUGAUGAUGAUGAUGAUGAUGAUGAUGAUGAUGAUGAUGAUGAUGAUGAUGAUGAUGAUGAUGAUGAUGAUGAUGAUGAUGAUGAUGAUGAUGAUGAUGAUGAUGAUGAUGAUGAUGAUGAUGAUGAUGAUGAUGAUGAUGAUGAUGAUGAUGAUGAUGAUGAUGAUGAUGAUGAUGAUGAUGAUGAUGAUGAUGAUGAU